AUGACGACGACGUUCGAAGACCGCGCGGCGCUGGAGGAGGAGAUCGAGUCGUGCUCGGCCACUGUGCGUGUGCUGCAGGAGAAGAUGCGCAACAAGGACGAGGCUGUUGCGAUGGAUGACAUAUCCAAGGAGGUGAAGAAACUCGUGGGUCUACGUAAGGAGCUGCAGGUUUGGACGCAGAAAGAGGAGCAAGAGGAGAACAACCAGGAAGAAGAAGGAGAAGAGACACCCGAGACGGUGGAUGUUGAGGAGGAAUUGGAGGAACGCGCUGCUGAUCUCGAGAGUCGCGUGGCUGAGACCGACGACAAGUUGACGACGCUUGAGACUGAAGUGACGCAGAUCGAGCGCACGAAGAAGGCCAUGAAGUACUUGGAGGAGAACGACACUAAGGAGACGACAGUGGAGACUGUGGAGACGGAGGUUGUCGUGACGAAGAGCUCGAAGAAGAACAAGAAGAAAAACAAAAAGAACAAGCAGGAGGCAGACGAGGAGACGAAGUUAGAGGUCUCGAAAGAGACGGUCAGCACGGAGAAGGUGGUCGAACUGACGACGCAACUCGAGGCGGAGCGUGUGAAGGUGCAGGAAGCCAAGCAGACGGUUGAGAAGCUCCAGAAGUCGGUGGAAACGUUGACGGAGGAGAAGAGCGAGGCUGUUGCCAAGCUGACGACGGAGCUGGACGAGGCUCGUAACAAUGUUGAGCUGGCCAACCAGAAGAGUCAAGAAGCAGAAUCCAAGCUAGAGAAGGCGGUUGUUAGGCUUACGGAGGAGAAGAGCGAGCUGGAGAGUAAGCUGCAGGCUGCGGUGGACGCCACCAAGGCUGCGCGUGACGAAUUGGAGGCCAAGAUCGAGGCUGGAGAAAAUGCUGCUAAGACCUCACGCGAAGAGCUGGAGACGAAGCUUCAGACUGCUGAUGACGCCGCCAAGUCGACUCGCGAGGAACUGGAAAAGCUUCAGGCUGAACUGUCAGAGAUUAAAGACGAGAAGGAGACCAGAGAGACUCACCUCGGCAAGUUGUGGAAGAAUAUCGAGGACCUUCAGCUGUCGAACAAAGAGCUCAUCGAGAAGAACGCGUCCGUUGAGGCUGAUGCCAAGGCUAUCCGCGCUGAGGCCGAGAAGUCUAUCGCAGAGCAUUCGUCGUAUGAGGACAAGACAGAAGCGUUCACUGUCGAGAUUGAGUCUGCUAAAGCUGAGCUUGAGACGUCGAAGACGGAGCUGGAGAAGCUGCAGGCUGAAGUUCAGAAACUGACAAGCGACGUGUCUACAUCUAAGUCGGAAGUGUCGAGCUCUGAGGAGCGUAUCCAGGCGCUGGAGAAGGAGUUGGAAGCUGAGAAGAAGAACACUGAGGAAGUAUCUGCUGAGCUGGAGUCUCUGCGUACGUCGAGCCAGGGCUCGGAUGCUAAGGCUGCGAGCUCGGACGAGCGCAUUAAGGCCCUGGAGAAGGAGCUCGAAUCGGCGAAGCAGAGCGUCCAGGAGCUGUCAUCUGAGCGAGAUGCGCUUCGCUCGGCGACUGAGGAGACCGAGCGUACUCACAAGGAAGAAGUUGAGAAGUUAGCGGCACAGAUCUCGGAGCUUCAAUCUUCGACGGAAGGUCAGAGUAGCGAGCUGGCGGAGGAGCUGAAAAAGGCUCAAGAGGCUGCCAAGGCUGCGAUCGCUGAUAAGGAGGAGAUUGGCCUUCAGCUGAUUGAGAUGAAGGACAAUGUGAUCCAGUUGAAGCUCGAAAGCGAGAAGGCUCUACGCCAAGCGUCAGAGAACGGCUCGCAGCUGAAGAAGCUCCUAGUGGACUUGGAGGCUCGUACGGCCGAAGCGAAGCAGAUGAAGUCUAUGUAUGACGACUUGUUGUCGCAGCGUACGAAUGCUGAAGGUCAGCUCCAGGAUCUGCGUGGUGUGGCAGCUACGAAUGAAGAACUGCUUAAGAAGGCCCGUGUGUCGCUUCUGGAGGCGAACGAAGAGUUGAAGGAGGCACGCGCCAACUCGUUGAAGUGGAAGAACUCGGCACAAGCAGCUAAGACGCUGAUGAAUGCCAAGAUCGCCGAUGCUGAGAGCGCUAGCAAGCAGCUCAAAAAGGCCCGUGUCGAUGCGGCUUCGGCCAGUGCGGCCCGUUCGCAGCUCACUUCUAGUCUCGAGGCCAAGGAGAAGAAAGUGGCUAAGACCAAGCAGGAUCUUGCCAUCGUCCGUGCGGAACUUGGUAAGGUACAGGAGGCGAUUGAGGCUGAGCGCUCGCAGUCCAAACAGGCGCACGCCGCGCAAGUCGCCAAGCUGCGCGAGAUCUCGGAGCAGACGGUGGCGCAGCUUAACAACCAGGUCCAGUCGUACCGCUUGAUACUCGUGAUUCUCCUCCCCGUUCUCAUUGCUGUGGCCGUCUACGCGAUCUCGCAAUAA